AUGGUGCAGGUCCUUUGCCAUGUUCUCAAAGUCCGGAAUCACCUACGAUACCAGGUCGCCUUCCUGACCUCCGAACUGCGUGAGAUUUUCGCCAACGCCCCGAUAAUGGAGCCGGGCACCACGGCUACCAAGAGAAAGCGCCAGCCGAUCGAGGGCGACUGUCCUAUAUGCUUCUCGGAACUUACUUCCGACACCAGUGCCAUCGUUUGGUGCGAGGCGUCGUGCGGGAACAACGUCCAUAAAACAUGCUUUGAGAAAUGGGCGUCCAACAAUCGGGGGAAAACUCUCUGCUGCAUCUUCUGUCGAUCGCCCUGGAAGACCUCUACGUCAGAGUUGACUUCGAUUGUCAGGAAUGCAUCCGUGGGCGAGGAGGGCUACCUCAACGUCGGAGAGGCAAUGGGCUUGCCACACCAGCGGGGUAGGCUUCGCUCCCUGUACAGCGCCCUCUAA